CUGCGCGGGCGACGGGGGUGCGGCGGGCCCGCAGGGCACCCCAAGAAGCGCCUCGGGCUGCGCAGAGGACCGGCGGGGCGGGCGAGGACAGGCCGCGGGGUUUCCCGCGUUUGCCAAGCUGCUCGGUGUCCCCUGGACCCGGCCCCGCCCCUGUAUUUGGCCACGCCCCCGGCCCGCUUGGCCACGCCCCCGCCGCGCCGUUUUACGGCGGAGGCCGCGCCGAAACGUGGGCGGCCGUACAGCGCCCCCGCCGCCUCCUCCGCCGGCCUCCCCCGCGCUCCCGCGCCUCCCGGGCGGCGGGCCGCACUAUGGCCGGCCUGGCGCCGCGCGUGCACUACCUGGCGGGCUUCAGCUGCCCGGCCGGGGGCCUGACGGCGGGCGGGCCCCGCGUGCUGCACCUCGGCGCGGAGGUCUUCCUGGCCGCCGGGAGGGAGCUGGUCUAUGUCUACGACCGGGAGGCGCGGCGGCUGACCGCGGUGUACAGGUUCCCGGCGCAGGUGUGGCACCUGGAGGCGCUGGCCCGUCGCCGGGCGCUCCUCGUCCUGUGCGCGCGGAGGGGCAUCUAUUGCUUGUCUCUGGACCAGGCCCGCAGGUCUGUGAGCCAGAGUGAUGGGGACGACGAGGACAGCGAGGCCGCCUCCCCCGUGACCCCCGUGGACCCGGACACCUGUGUGCUCCCCGACGCCACGCUGUGCGCGUUCACGGUGCUGGGCGACCUGCUCAUCGCGCUGGCGCAGGGCCCCGCCCAGUGGAAGGUGCAGCUGUUUGAGUGUCCGAGUCCGGGGUCGGACCCCGGGCCCAGAGGCCAGAUCGGGGAGGUGGAGCUGUCUACCCACACGCCCCCAGCGGGGAGCCCGGGGAAAUCCCAAGCCCCCUGCUUCCGCCCGGUGCUGUGCUGUGUGUCCCUACCCAGCUCCAGGGCUCGGCACAGCCCCCCACAGGGCCCCAGGGCCUUCACGCUGGAGGGGCCCCUCUUCGGGCUCCUCUUUGGAGCCGACGCCGCCCUCCUGGAAUCGCCCGUGAUCCUCUGUGGUCUCCCCGACGGCCAGCUCUGCUCUGUGGUCCUGAAGACCCUGGUCACCUCCCGGUCGGCCCCUGGGGACCCCAAGGCCCUUGUCAGGAUCCUCCAUCACCUGGAAGAGCCCGUCACCUUCAUCGGGGCCUUGAGGACGGAGCCCUCGGCUGAGGGCCCAGAGGACGCGGACUUGGACUGCCUGGUGGCGCUCGGUCACCACGGCCGGACCCUGGCCAUCAAGGCCAGCUGGGACGAGGCAGGGAGUCUGGUGCCAGAGCUGCGCGAGUACUGCCUGCCGGGGCCCGUGCUCUGCGCAGCCUGCAGCGGGGACAGCCACGUCUACCACAGCACCCCCUCCGGCCUCUGCGUGGUGGACCUGGCUCGAGGGGGCCCCCCCGAGGACCCCGUGCAGUCUGACGGCCCGGGAGGCCUGCCCCCUCUGCUGUGUCCCACCAGCCUGGGUGUCUGUAGCGUCGUCACCCUCUCGGUGUCGUCUAGGUCGCCUGCAGGGGGCACCGAGCUCCUGGCCCUGUCGGCCAAAGGCCGCCUGAUGACCUGCUGCCUGGACCUGAGCCGUGAGCCCGCUCGGCCCACCCGGGUGACCGCGGCGGACACGGGCCGGAAGAUCAAGGACCUGCUCUGUGGGAUCGGCACCGUCUCCGAGAGAGUGUCUUCCCUGAAGAAGGCCGUGGACCAGCGCAACAGGGCCCUGACGUGCCUGAACGAGGCCAUGAACGUGAGCUGUGCCCUGCUGGCCAGCCGGGAGGGCGCCCGGCCCGUCUCCUGCACCACGACCACGGCCUGGAGCCGCCGGGAGCUGCAGGACGUGCUGACCGCCACCUGCCUGCUGGAGAACAGCAGCGGCUUCCGCCUGGACCGCGGCUGGGCCUUGUGCGUCCAGGUGCUGCCCGGCUCCCACGCCUCGGACUCGGGCUCGGCCGUGACCUACACCGUCCCCGUCGACCCGCUGGGCCCCGGCGAUCGGCGGGAGGUGACGCUGCUCCUGGGCCCCGGGGCGGACGGCGCGCUAGACCUGCCCGUGACCGUGUCCUGUGCGCUCUUCCUCAGCCUCAGAGAGGUCGUGGGCGGGGCCCUGGCCCCCACGGACCCUUUCAAGGACCCCUCCUUGGACGGGUGCCCCCCCGACGUCCUGCCGGAGCAGGGGGGUAUCUGCCUGCCCCUGAGCGAGCACACGGUGGACAUGCUGCAGGGCCUGCGCUUCCCGGGCCUGGCUGCGCCCCCCGUGCAGGCCCCCGCGCCCUGCCACCCUCCCGACGACCCCGUGGGCACCUUCCUGGAAACCUGCUGGCGGCCGGGCAGCGAGCCAGUGCGACCCGAGUCCCUGCGCGCCAAGUACCUGCCGCCGUCCGUGGCCGCCAUCCGGGCGUCGGCAGAGCUGCUCAGAGCGGCCCUGGGGGACAGCUACUCAGGCGUGUCCCUGUGCUGUGCCACCCUGCAGUGGCUGCUGGCCCAGAACGCCGCUGUGGACGCUGUGCGGGCCCAAGCCCUGACCUCUGUCCAGGCCGUGGCCCCGGACGGCACCGAGAUCCGCCUCAUCGUCCACGAGGCAAGCAGAGCCGGCCCUCCUGUCUCCGGGGAAGCCGCCUCGCUGGGUGCCCUGGUGGCCUGGGUUGUCCCGUGUGGGCCGCGCGGGUGUCAGGCAAGGCCACGGCCACCACCUCGUUCUAGCGAGUGCCCCAGGAGCAGGUUCUUCCCCAGCGGGGAGCAGGCGCUGUUGGUCGCUGGCCGGUUCUUGGGGGGAGUUGCCGGUGGGCAGAGACCAGCUUUGCCCAGGAGGGUGGGGGCCAGCCGGCCUGGAGCUGGCACGAGGCCUCUCCUGUGCUGCAGGUGGCAGUGGCCGACCUGUGCCCGGCGGGGCCCGUCCAGGCCGUGGAGAUCCAGGUGGAGAGCUCGUCGCUGGCCAACAUGUGCAGGGCCCAUCACGCUGUCGUCGGGCGCAUGCAGAGGAUGGUGGUGGAGCAGGCCGCCCGGGGCUCCAGCCCCCCCGACCUCCGCGUGCAGUAUCUCCACCAGAUCCAGGCCAACCAUGAGACACUGCUGCGGGAGGUGCAGGCCCUGCGGGACCGGCUGUGCACAGAGGACGAGGCCAGCUCCCAGGCCACGGCCGAGCGUCUCCUGCAGGUGUACCAGCAGCUCCGCAGCCCCCGCCUCCUCCUGCUGUGAGAGCUGCCGUGGGCUCGCCCUCAGCCUUUUCUGCUGGCAGCCUCCCCAGACGCGGGGGCUGGGUCAGCGCCGUCCCCUCCACUCACGUCCAGCGCAGGACGAGGGCCGGCCCAGCGCAGGAGCGGCGUUGCCUGGGCGGCUAUCGGAGGCCACAGAGCUGGCUCGGGACUGCCUGGCUGUCGCUGUUCCCGGGGGCACUGCCCGUCCACCUGCCUCGUCGCCCACCCGGGAGCCUUGGCCCUGCUCCGGCACCGCUGGAGUCCCCGGGGGCUCCCUGUGACCAAAGCACAAAGACUGGGGGUGCUCCUAAGUGGCCAGUCGCCUGGACACCCGUCACCCGGCGCCCGUGGCUGGGGCCGCCCAGUGCCCUGCUCUGUACUCCCGGGCUGUGGGGGUCCCGGCCGGUGCGGGCAUGCUCCGUGGGGAGGUGACUCCUGGGCUGUGGGGGGGCUGGCCGGUGCGGGCAUGCUCCGUGGGGAGGUGACUCCAGAUGUCACUUGGUGCUUCUCUGUGGGGCCAAGGGCCCCGCUGCUGCCACAACACGCCUUCCUGUGA